AAACAAUGAUACGGACUCGAAAGGAAAUCGAUGCCCUCUAAAAGUGCAUUUCAGGUUAUUCUUCUGUUAACGUCGAAUCGUUUGUGAAGAAAUUUGACGUAGUGUUAUUCAGGCGCCAACAACAACUAGCAGCAGACUCUCCGCCGAACGAAACGGCACGACGCACCAUCCUGAUCGUCAGUUUCAUUCACUCGUCGAUAAAUCAAAUGUAACUAAUUUGCAAGUGGCCUCAGAAGAGCCAGUGGGGAUACCAUGUGUCCGUGAACUGUUCGGGGAAGAUAGUGAUUUAGACAGCGUUUCCAUUAAUCGGAAAAGAGCAAAGUCUUGGAAAGCUGCGUCACUCACCGGCGUGUGAAGAUGUGGCUAGGAGUCUUCGUAUUCGCCAUACUCGUAGGUGGAUGGAGAUCAUAUGGCGAAGAAAUCAAAGCUGUGGUCCUACCCGACAGUCAAAUCGAGGUGGAUGGGCAGGAUAUUCGCGCUUUCAUAUUUAACAACACUAACAAAUACAACAUCACUUUCGGCGAGGUGGGCCAUUUCCUCUCCUUCAUAGCGACGAAUAUCAUGGACGUUAGUGAGCUAAAGGAAAGGCAAGGUAAAUCCGGAGUCGGAGAAUAGCAUCAACCUAAACCUGCUUGUGACCGCUCUGGAUUGCGAAGACACAUACAGUGCUAUCGACGUGCAGAUGAAGAAAUUUCCCACUGCAAUGCUUCUUGCUUUCAAUAGACCCUUUUGUCCCAGAUUCGAUGCAGAUGACCAGGAAAUAGCAACCAAAAAACCUUUUGCUAUCAGCAUUCCCGUAACUGAGGGGCCGACUGAUGUCUUACCAAUUCUUGCGGACUUCCGAGCGAUGCAUCCACUCAGCCGGUGGAGUGAAAUCACCAUUAUAGUUCCGUACUCAUACACUGGAGAAUAUCUGGAGCAGAUCAUGCGCGCCGUGGAAGGUGUCCGCAGCAAUGAUCAGGUCAAUUCGGCGGCAUCAAUCGCCCUUUGGAAAUAUUGCCCUCCAUCGGCACGCUCUGUCGGAAAGUGUGGAUUAAACUCUGCGUCCAUGAGGGGAAUUCUGGAUGCGUAUCGUGCAAACCCGAAAAAGAAGGAUAAUAGGGAAUUUAUCGUAAUUGGCGAUGAAGAAUUAGCGUUGGAUUUCUUUGAACAGAGCGUCGACUACGGGAUGUUUAGUGUUUUUCGUGAAUUCUUCAUUAUUCUCACCACGCCUUACUCCAAUGUCGUCAAAGAUUUCUUGUUUGACAAAGUUACGAGCGACGCCAAUGUCGCGAUCGCAUCGACCGAUGUUAAGGAUGAGGAUUGUCCUGUAACGGACAAUUGCCACAUUGAGCUGCCUAUGAACGCUUACAUUAAUGCUGUGAAGAAUAAUCCUGAUCUUUUUGGUCGGAACGUUGAUAAAUUUAAUCAUAAAUAUACCGUGAAAAAAGCUAUUCUGAAAGAAUUGCGUGGAUCUGGUCAAUGUGGCUUCUGUGCGAAAUAUACUAUACGAACCCUGACUGUGAAGGCUGGUCGAAAAACGUUUGACCCAGUGGCCGUUUGGGACUAUUUCAAUGGACUUCAAAUGAUUGACGGAGCGACCCGGGUCAACUAUCAGCUAUUUCCACGAUUUCUUGGAGAUAUGGGUGGAGUGAACCUUCGAAUCGGCGUUAUUAACGAGCCUCCUAUGACAGAAGUAACUUCUCGGGAAGGACGGGUGGUCAACGUUAACGGAACCCUCGUCGAGCUCUUGAAAGAGCUUGCGAGAAAGCUCAACUUCACAUACACGUUCAUCAUGCCUCCGGAGCCUGUACCAGGCUUGAAACAGAGCGAUGGCCGAUGGUCGGGUUUGAUUGGUCUGCUGGUUCGUCAAGAGAUCGAUUUAGCCCUUUAUGAUUUCACGCCAACGCCGGAUCGUCAACAGGCUGUUAAUUUUACCGUCGCUUUCGACGAGUCGCCGUACAAGUUUCUUGUUCCCAAACCGCAGCCCAACUACAAAUAUCUAUUCCUCGACCCAUUCACUUGGGAUACCUGGUUGGCCGUGCUGGGAACUGUGUUAAUCAUCGGUCCUAUCCUAUGGUGUGUUCAUAUUAACUCCAAGUUCUAUGACUACUACGACAUGCGCGACGGCAAAGGUCUCUUCAAGUUAGCCAACUGCGAAUGGUACUGCUUUGGAGCCAUUAUACAACAAGGCGGCAUUCAUCUUCCUGACGCUAUCUCUGGCCGUAUACUCGUUGGGUUCUGGUGGCUGUUUGUAAUUGUUACCCUAACUACUUACUCCGGCAAUCUCGUCGCUGAUCUAACUUUCCCCAAGAUUCGAAAUCCGUACGAUACCGUUAGCUCGCUACUGAAUUCGGACAUCACGUGGGGCGCUUUCAAGGGUCACGCAGUUAUCGAGAUCCUCAAGCUCCAGCAACAAGGGCUAUUAACCCAACUGUCUGCUAAAUUAGCCCAUAUUGAGACGGCGCAUGAAAGUUGGGCACUGAAAGAAGUUGCUGAUGGUAAGAUGGCUUUAAUAGGAUCCGAAGUGACUCUGUUUCAUUACAUUGGCAAGCAGUUUAUAGCUACAAACUUAUGCCAGUACGCAGUAGCCAAAAAAGAGAUUAUCCGACAAGUUAAAGUUCUCGCGGUCCGUCCGGGAUUUCCAUUCCUCGCUCGUUUCAAUACCUUAUUAACUCGGAUAGUUGAGACAGGCCUAAUAAUCCGUUGGAAGAAGAAAUAUUGGCCCAAAGAGAACGAGUGCACGGUCGAUUCGAAACCUCAAGCCGGGGAUAUUCGACGAAUUACAAUUGCCCAUAUGGAGGGUUCGUUCUGGAUAUUGGGUGUCGGUUUUCUCGUUUCAUUUACACUACUAGCCCUCGAGAUAUUUCGAAAGAGACGCGAACUUCGAGACCCCAACGGAGGGAGACCCCAGCGUAUCGGCCCCAGAGAUUUCAAGGACAAUUUGUUCAGAAAGACGAAUUACUCAGACAAAGAUCAUUACAAUACCGAUUAUGGCGCACAAGUUGGAGGCGCUGGUCCUGGCGCAGGAAAAGGUGGUCAAUCGGGUUACGGUUUCGAACCCUCAAACACGCCCUUCCGAGGUUAUUCUGGAUUUCCGAACAGAACCGAUCUCAUUCCCUACAAUUAUCCAGCCAGAAGAUUAUCCGUGAACACGCUGAUUGGUGUGGGCGGUCCCGUGAUGGGAGAGGGCGGCCGGCCAAUAAACGAUCGAGGAGCGGUCUUUGUCAAGGUCUUUGAAGUCAUGAAGCUGACCACGUCUUCAGAUGGCGUAAAGCGUGAAUAUUCCAAGCCGCUAUGGAGAUCCUUUUACGGUGGAGAAUCUGUUGGAAACGGAAGCAAUAUCACGGCCCAAGUAGCUUUCGUGAUAGUAGUAUACGAAUUACUGGUGACUCUAUAUUUCGUCGAAAAUGGUCUUGGACAGACGCUUAAUAUUGCCGUCAUCGUCGAGAAGAAGUUCGAGCUGGCAAGACAAGCCGUUGAAGCUGGCCUACAGCGUGCAAAAAACGACGGAAAAACUAUCCAUUGGCAGUUCGUCGUUAUGGAUGCAGACGACGAAUUAAAAGAUUUAUGCGACAUCAUUAUGGAGAAUCAGCCGAGUCUCGUUAUAAAUACGGUUCGUACACCCGGAAGCAACUAUUAUAAACUGACAAAAGAAAUCAAGCAAACAGUGAGAAAUCUCGCUAUACCAACACUGGAUCUCUCAUACGGAAGCACCGACGAAUAUCAGAUGAGUGGGUGGAAUGGUAAAAAACCAGAGGAGAAUGACUACUUGAUACACGUGACGCCGCCAGGCGAUUCGUACACACAGGCCGUUCGGGAACUGAGCAUUAAGAUGGACCUAGCGACAGCUGGAAUUCUUUAUGAUAAGAGUGUCAUUAUCGACCACAAAUACGCUCGCCUUUUGGAGAACGUUCCCACGCGACACAUCAUGCGCCAAGUGUCCGAAUCGUCGGCGGAUUUUGUUAACAAGACGAAGGUUAUUCAGUCAACUGAUGUGUCCAACUAUUUCGUUGUGGGAACUAUUAGCCACCUGAGUAAUGCCCUCCAUUCCGCCCAGGAGAACGACUGGAAACCGCGUCAUCAUUGCUGGGUGCUAAUUACAAAACAGGAAGGCGAACCGGUCUGUGAGGAUUGUAUGAACCAUGAAGUACUCUUUGUCCACCCUGCUGAUAAGGAAGGAAAGCGUAUUGGAAUCGAUGGCGCGUACGGCAGUGAGAAGCUGGACGGAUUGUUCUAUGAGGAAAUUACCUACUACAUGAUAACCCGUAUUUUCGCGGAUAACAAGUAUUCGAAGCAGCCUAUUAGGGCAUCGUGUCGUGAGAAACCCGCCACACGAGAUGAUUAUAACCUAUUAAACGCAUUGGAGUCAUCGAAGCUUUCGACCCGCUACGGUGACAUUUACUUCACUGAUGCGGGAAACAAACCCGGCUAUCAAGCCAUUAAUAUGAAGGUGGCGCACUUUAACUACACGGCGUCUAAAACUCGACAAGACAACGAAAAAGGCUUUUACGUGUAUGGGGGUGAUGCGAAAGCGGCGAUGUGGACCAAAGCUGAUCAGACCGCACUGGAACAAUUCGGAUCGGUGACUUUCUACAAAGUGGUCACUCUAAUCCAACCUCCGUUCGUUUAUAAAGGCAACGGAUCAGGCCCAGAGUUUUACGGUUAUUGUAUCGACCUGAUUGACGAAAUCAAGAAGAUUCUCAAAUUUGAGUAUAAUAUUUACGCUGUUGAGGACAAGCACUUUGGAUCGAAAGACAAGGAGACCGGCCUGUGGAAUGGACUUAUUGGCGAGCUCGUAAAAAAGAAAGCGGAAAUCGCCCUUGGACCGAUCGCGGUCAUGGCGGAACGCGAGACAGUGGUUGACUUCACGGUGCCUUAUUAUGACCUUGUCGGUCUGUCAAUUCUGAUGAAAAAACCCGAGAUUAAACCCUCGCUAUUCAAGUUUCUUACUGUACUCGAGACAAAUGUGUGGGGCUGCAUCUUGGCUGCCUACUUCUUUACAUCGUUUCUGAUGUUCGUUUUCGAUAGACUAUCGCCGUACAGCUAUAGAAACAACAAGGAAAAAUACAAAGACGAUGACGAGAAACGUGAGUUUACCCUGAAGGAGUGCCUGUGGUUCUGCAUGACAUCGCUGACCCCUCAGGGUGGUGGUGAAGCUCCACGAAAUUUAUCUGGUCGACUGGUUGCAGCGACCUGGUGGUUAUUUGGUUUCAUCAUAAUUGCUUCGUACACCGCCAAUUUGGCCGCUUUCCUCACUGUGUCCCGUCUGGAGUCGCCAAUCGAAUCUUUGGAUGACCUUUCUAAACAGUAUAAGGUCAAGUACGCUCCCCAAGGUCAAACGACAGCCUCUACCUAUUUCCACCGAAUGGCUAACAUCGAAGAGAAAUUCUAUGAGAUUUGGAAAAACAUGUCUCUCGAUGACACGCUCACUGACGAUCAGAGGGCUGAGUUGGCCGUAUGGGACUAUCCAGUCAGUGACAAAUAUACUAAAAUUUGGUGGACUAUGCAGGAAGCUAGUCUGCCCCUGACUUUCGAGGAAGGCGUAGCCCGCGUCAAAAAUAGUCAGGGAAGCGACGGUUUCGCAUUCAUUGCUGAUGCGACACAGAUCAAGUACGCAACAAUGACCAACUGCGACCUUACCCAGAUAGGCUCAGAGUUCUCGCGAAAACCGCUGGCGCUUGCUGUACAGCAGAAUUCUCCACUUCGUGAUCAACUUUCAAGCGCCAUUCUGAAGCUUUUGAACCAGCGUAAAUUAGAAAGCCUCAAGGAAGCGUGGUGGAAUGGAAACCCCGAAAAGAAAAACUGUGAUGAUGAAGGAAAAAACAACGAUGGUAUCUCUAUCAAAAAUAUCGGUGGCGUGUUCAUCGUGAUCUUCAUUGGCGUGGUGAUGGCUUGCAUCACAUUGGUGUUUGAGUACUUCUGGUAUAAGAAUAAGAAGCCCCGCUCAAAGGUCGUUUCAGUAAAGGACCAUAUGCCGCAAAAGAAGUAGAAGGUCCUUGCCGUCAUCAAUAGAUUCAGCACAUUUCGGACGAGAAAGAGGCCUUUUUUCUUCACUAGCAGUCAAGUUCUUGCUCGCUAUUUCGGAGAAUGAUGAUCACUUAACCGUUUCAGGAGUAUGAAUUGCCAUCGACUGAUCACCACCGAAAGGACCAAGAUUUGAUGGACAGAUAUUGAGGGUUCGAUGUGAACUUUCGAUUGAUGGACGAAGAUUGUCGCUAAAACGAUACGGUGGUAGCUGUCUAAAGUCAAUGGGGCUUACCUGCAUUGCUACUAAUGUGCAACUAGAACUUAUUACACGGACGUUCAACUUACUACAAGAAUAGCCGUUAAGUGGCUCAGUGAUGAAAGAUCUGUGGCCCGAGACCGACCGUGAUGUACGCUUAUUCCGGAGGAAAGCGCAGUCAACCUUGGUCACCUACCUAAGACAUAGGAAUUUUAGAAUUAUCGAAUAGCAGUUUUUUUUAGGGGCAAGCUCCCUGACAGCGGGUCGAACCGGAUUGGGCGUAUAACCGGUGUGCUUACUUGAAGUUUUUGAGACCGCAUAAGCUAGGUGACUGUGUGCGCGUUUCUAAAAUAUCUAUCAUAUGGCAUCGAGUAUUAACGUAAAUGGCACGUCUCAAACACACUUAUUUAUUUAAAUUUAUAAAUUUCAAUCUGACUUGGUCAAUUAAACAGGGGAUUAAUUAACUAGGGGUGAGAGGGUUUCAGUCUGAAUCGGAUCCAAUUGAUAUUAAGCGCAAACUUCAAUAUAAAUGAUGCUUACUGAUUGUCACUGACCUGGCUAA